ACCAGCCAGCGCAGCGAACGCAUCUCGAAAGUAUCUGAAUCUGAAUAUCUGACAGAGAGAAACCAGAACGAAGUGAACGAACUCGAAAAUACGAAAGCAACGUGUGUGUGCCAGCAACAAAGAACUAACCCGAUAAAUAUUCAUUGUGCCGAAGAGAAAGUCAUUGAGUCACCGGCAAUUGUGUAAUUCCAAGACCAGAGAUAAACCCACAAUGGCAGUGGCAUUUUUCAUACCCGACCAGGCGACUUUGCUGCGGGAGGCGGAGCAGAAGGAGCAGCAGAUCCUCCGCAUGCGGGAGUCCCAGUGGAGAUUCCUGGCCACCGUCGUACUGGAAACCCUGCGGCAGUAUAGCCCAUGUCUUCCGAAGACCGGCAGAAAGUCCGGCAAAUAUCGCAAGCCAUCGCAGUGAGAACUACGAGUAACUAACUACUACGGGGGAGAUCCAAUAGUCCAGUCCAAAAUCCAGAGUACAAAGGAAACAAGCA